GAUGGCUGCCAAAACUCGAAGCGGCGGAACACAGCGCGUACUUCAGAAACUAAACAAGUCCAUUGAAGACGGUGAAUAUUACGAAGCUCAUCAGCUGAUAAGAACGCUAUACUUUAGGUAUAUAUCCCAGAAGAGCUAUGAUGAUGCUUUAGAGAUAGUUCAUAAUGGGGCAUGCCUAUUUCUUAAACACAGACAGGAAAGGAGUGGUAAUGAUUUAGCCUUGCUGAUGUUAGAGUGUUUCCGCACAGCAAAGGUGCCUGUUGGAGAAGAUGCCUUGGGUAAAAUUAAAAGUUUGUUUGAGCUUUAUGAACACGGUUCGCCAGACAGACAGGAAUUUGUGACAGAAGCAAUAAAAUGGACAUCUGAUACAGAUCCAUCCCUUAAGUAUGGACAUUCUGAGGUACACCUUAUGUGUGCACAUAACUUUUGGAAAGAGAAAAACUUUGGUGAUUCACAAUAUCACUUUCUGUUUACAUCUGAUGGACAACAAUGUGCAACAAUGUUGGUGGAGAGUGCUACAACAUUGGGCUAUCCUGGAGAGUCAGACUUAUUUGUUACACAAGCAGUAUUACAAUUUCUUUGUCUACAGAACCUUAUGACUGCUAAUCUAGUGUUCUUCAAGUAUACUGCACAACAUCCAGAUUAUUCAGGGAUUGGUCCUCCUUACCAAAAGCCUCUUCUUAAUUUUGUCUGGUUUUUGCUUCUAGUUAUAGAAAGGAGAGGAAGUCUAAAUCAGUUUACAGUGUUGUGUGAAAAAUAUCAACCUUCCAUUGAAAGAGACCCAGUAUAUAAAGAGUAUUUAGAUAGAAUUGGACAACUUUUCUUUGGACUUCCACCAAAACCCUCAAACAAAGGAAUGAUGGAGGGUAUUUUAGGUGACUUAAUGCAGUCUUUGAUGGGUGGCGAUGAAGGGAAUAGUGGUGCAUCAACUUCAACUGUAAUGAACAUAGCAUCUGAGGAGGUGGACUAACAUAAGCUAUUUACAAUCUGUACAAUCCCAAAUUUUUAUACUAAGAAGAAAUAGCAGUAACAGACUGAUGGGUUUCAGCUCAAGGUGCUGGUCUACCCUCCUGGACAAGAACAGCAAGUAUUCAGAACCCAUUGGAGGUGCAGGCUACUAAAUUGCGCUGCUACACAUCAGUGCUAUGUCAAUAAAUACAAACAUGCAAGAGAAUCGGAUGAAUAAGCAAGGCCUAUUUUACGACCAUAAUGGGAUAUCAGAUCACGAUUGUAAUGUCUGUGGCCUUUUCAACCAUUGUAUAAAUUUACCUCAGCUGAGCUUGCUCCAAUUAGCAGCUUGGCUAACCAAUCUAGAUGGGUUUUUCCAGUUGGACAUUCUUCAGUUUGUAUGAACUUGGGAAGGACCACAACGAUUCUUUCGAAUUGAAAGUUGAUUAUGAAUUACAGGUGUUAAGAAUUGUUGUUAACUGGAGAGACUGUAAGAUACAUGAUAAUAGUCUUGGAGUGCAGUAAAACACCAGACAUGAAUAAACUGGUAUGGAUCAAGAGUUUUUAUGGAAAGAGAAACUUUAAACAUUGCAAAUAGCACAGAAGUGCAAACUGAAUCAUGUACACCAAUAAAGAAAAAAGACAAGUGCAAAUACCCAAAGAGUCUAUGGGUCUGUAUCAAAGCAUAUGCAUCCAUCCAGUUUUAUUUUACAACUUUUCUGGGUUUUUGGUUGCUGUGUUUGUCUGAGUUUGUCAGCCUCCUCUUCAAACUCUCCUUAUUCUGUUUGUCUGCAAAGAGGCCUUUCUUAUUUCUUACACUGAAACGUGAACAUAACAGUCUUGUAGAGAUAUCUUGUCAUUAAAGAGAGCUUUACAUUAGUUUUUAUUUUAAAAAAAAUAAAAAGAGUAGUAAACUGGAAA